GCAUGCUCACUGAUGCGGGCCUGGCCCUCGACUCUAACCCGAAGCACCCGCGUUAGGCGGCCCCCUGCGCUGCCAGCUGGAGCCAGGCGGAGCCCACGCCCAGGCGCAGGGUGGCUCUGCCAGUCCCCGCGCGCUUGGGCGGCCGCACACGUGUCCAAGCGUCACGUCCGCGCGCGCCCCCGGGGCUUGCGUCAGCUGCCGCUCCAGAAGCUGGUGGGCUGGGGCUCAGCACACCGCUUGGGUCAGGGCCCCAGACGCCGCCGGGAAGGGGGCGCCGCGGGGGAUCGGAGGGCGCUGACGGGUCUCUGGAACGCCGAGGGCCCUAGCUCUGAGAGCGCCAGUGCGCUCCAGCCCCCGCCUGCCGGGCAGAGGCGGUUAACGCUGCCCGGUCCGCGACUGGGCGCCGUGGCGUUGCCCCGGAGCCCACAGCCCGCGGGGCGCGCUCCGCCUUGACCCCGGCGGCCCCGCGGCAGGUAGGCGCCCGCAGUUCCAUGGUUGCCUCGGAACGCAAUGAGCCGCCCGUCCUCCACCGGCCCCAGCGCUAACAAACCCUGCAGCAAACAGCCGCCGCCGCAGCCCCAGCACGCUCCGUCCCCGGCUGCGCCCCCGGCCGCCGCCACCAUCUCAGCUGCGGGCCCCGGCUCGUCCGCGGUUCCAACCGCGGCGGCGGUGAUCUCCGGCCCCAGCAGCGGCGGUGGCGGGGCCGGCCCGGUGUCCCCGCAGCACCACGAGCUGACCUCGCUCUUCGAGUGCCCGGUCUGCUUUGACUAUGUCCUGCCUCCCAUUCUUCAGUGCCAGGCCGGGCACCUGGUAUGUAACCAAUGCCGCCAGAAGUUGAGCUGCUGCCCGACGUGCAGGGGCGCCCUGACGCCCAGCAUCAGGAACCUGGCUAUGGAGAAGGUGGCUUCGGCUGUCCUGUUUCCCUGCAAGUAUGCCACCACUGGCUGUUCCCUGACUCUGCACCACACAGAGAAGCCAGAACACGAAGACAUCUGUGAAUACCGUCCCUACUCCUGCCCUUGUCCUGGGGCAUCCUGCAAGUGGCAGGGCUCCCUGGAAGCCGUGAUGUCCCACCUCAUGCAUGCCCACAAGAGCAUCACCACGCUUCAGGGAGAAGACAUUGUCUUUCUAGCUACAGACAUUAACCUGCCGGGGGCAGUCGACUGGGUGAUGAUGCAGUCGUGUUUUGGCCACCACUUUAUGCUGGUGCUGGAGAAACAAGAGAAGUACGAGGGGCACCAGCAGUUCUUUGCCAUCGUCUUGCUCAUCGGCACCCGCAAGCAGGCCGAGAACUUUGCCUACAGACUGGAGUUGAACGGGAACCGGCGGAGACUGACCUGGGAGGCCACACCCCGGUCCAUUCAUGAUGGCGUGGCUGCGGCCAUCAUGAACAGUGACUGCCUUGUUUUUGACACAGCCAUAGCACAUCUUUUUGCAGAUAAUGGGAACCUUGGGAUAAAUGUGACUAUUUCUACAUGUUGUCCAUGAUGUACCGUGUAGAGUCCAUGAACUAUUGAAAUUAUUUGGGCAUAGUGCUCUAUGUUUAAUAAAGGUUUUUAUAGAUGUUUUAUUCAGUAUGUCUUCACAAGUCAGGAUCCACAGUUGCCCCCAUGUUUUGUUGAAACAGCAGCUUCUC